AACAUGAACGUGGGAACGGCACACAGCGAGGUGAACCCCAACACCCGCGUCAUGAACAGCCGGGGCAUCUGGUUGUCCUACGUCCUUGGAAUUGGCCUGCUGCACGUCAUACUCCUGAGCAUCCCCUUCUUCAGUGUCCCCGUGGUCUGGACUCUCACCAACAUCAUUCACAACAUGAGCAUGUACAUCUUCCUACAUACCGUGAAAGGAACGCCUUUUGAGACUCCGGACCAGGGGAAGGCGCGGCUGCUGACGCACUGGGAGCAGAUGGACUACGGCGUGCAGUUCACGGCGUCGCGCAAGUUCCUGACCAUCAUGCCCAUCGUCCUGUAUUUUCUCACCAGCUUUUACACAAAGUAUGACCGGAUACACUUCAUAAUCAACACCAUCUCCCUUAUGAGCGUCCUGAUCCCCAAACUGCCUCAGUUUCACGGAGUCCGGAUCUUUGGGAUCAACAAGUACUGAACGGCGUGGCCGGAGCGAACGGAAGAGGAGCAGGGGAGAAGGGCGAGUUCCUUCUCUCUCGCCCCGUUUCUUCACCCCCACACGCCCUGGGAUAUAACGUCGCAGCGGCUGUUUAAACGCAGUAUCCAAUAGACACACACCGCAUGCUGGAUCCUCGUGCCCAAUAAACCUAAACAAGCUCCAGAGUA